GUCACUUCCGGCGUUACCUGUGUGGUUACCGGGAGGUGUAAACAAGGUGUGCAGGCACCUGAAGAGCUGUCGGGAUGCAGCAGAGCGGAGCGGCCAGAGGCUGUGGCUGCUCUCUGGUCCCACUGCUGGGCGUCCUGUUGCUCCAGGGUGUUUGUGUCGUCCUUUCCUUGGAGAUUAAAGUGGAUGCCAAUGUCCGGGGUUAUGUUGGCGAAAAGGUCAAGUUGAGAUGCACCUUCAAGUCCACUUCGUCUGUCACUGACAAGCUCACCAUAGACUGGACAUACCGACCUCCCAGCAGCAGUCGCACGGAAUCAAUUUUUCACUAUCAGUCUUUCCAGUACCCAACCACAGCAGGCACAUUUCGGGAUCGAAUUUCCUGGGUUGGAGAUGUGUACAAAGGGGAUGCAUCCAUAAGCAUAAGCAACCCCACCACAAAGGACAACGGGACAUUCAGCUGUGCUGUGAAGAACCCCCCUGACGUGCACCAUAAUAUUCCUGUGACCGAGCUAACAGUCACAGAAAGGGGUUUUGGCACCAUGCUGUCCUCUGUCACCCUUCUUUCCAUUCUCGUCUUCAUCCCCUCAGCUGUGGUGGUGGUUCUGCUGUUGGUGCGAAUGGGGAGGAAGUCUGCGGGGCUGACGAAGAGGAGCAAGUCUGGUUAUAAGAAGUCGUCUAUUGAGGUUUCCGAUGACACUGACCAGGAGGAGGAGGGUGACUGUAUGGCCCGGCUUUGUGUCCGUUGUGCUGAGUGCCUGGAUUCAGACUGUGAAGAGACAUAUUGAUGAAAGUCUGCAUGAAAAAUCACCUAAAGACAGAAAAUGUGCCAUCCCACUAGUAGCCAAAGCCUCUCAGAGAGGUGGAGUUGGCCUGGACAGUAGUGAUGGAGGAUUCUGGAAGUCACCAGUAAAGACUUUAGGGAGCCAUUUAUUUAUUGAAGAAAUGUUCUUUUUGUAUUUAUAAACUGUUUAAAAACUCUCAGAAGAGACUCAUAACUACCCCUCUUAAUAACUUAUAUUCUAAUUUGAAGGAAGGAAUUCUUUUCCUGAAAAUAAUUUCUCUUGAAUGUAUUACAUGAUUUCUUCCAUUUAUUUAAGGGAGAAUUCUAAAUGUUGGCCAUGCUGCUGAUGCCAAAUUUUUUUUUUUUAAUGAAAUGGAAUGUGUAACUUCCUGCUGCACUACCAGAUAAAAUGUUUGUUUGAGAUAAGUAUUCUUUGUUUUAUGCUCCAUGAACAUUUUCAGCUGUGACUUAGCAUAUAGCAUAAAUUUAUUGAUUUAAUAAUAUCACCAUUGAGUGAUAUUAUUUGUGUUUGAGUGACUUGAAGUGUACAACCCUAAAUUUCUUGGUGGGAUUAAGAAUCAAUGCUCCGCUUUGACUGGGUUUUUGAAAUAGUAAAGGGUCAUCCAUUUACAAAGGAGGAAAGGAAGCAUGAGGAUUCCUUUCUGUUGUCUUGCUAGGUGCAUUUUGUUAUUUUACUAUCUUCUAGUUGACUGCUAUAUGAUUUCCUUCUUGACUUUACAGAUUAGAGGCAAGGAAAACUCUUUAAAAGCUUUUUAGUGAGGAUGUAUAAAAUAUUUUAGUAAUUAUUUGCAAGGAAAUCUCUUUUACCAGUGUUUUUCUUCAAAACUUUUUUGAUUUCUAAAACACACCAAUAUGAAUAAAUGAAGGUAUUUACAAGCUAAUCUUGCAUAAUAUUUGGGAAAAGGAAGUGAGUUUGUGUGCAAUUUAGACUUCCCCCUUCUGUUCUCUAGAUACCUUCUAUCAACUUCCUCCAUUGGUAACCUUUGUCAAAAUUUACAUGGGAUUUUCUACAAACUAUUAAGAAAUAUGUGUGACAUGUCAGAAAGUAUUAGCAGUAUAGUCCUCUGUAAUAGCGUGAUACAGUUCACUUCUCAAUUUUAAGAGACAAAACUUAUUCCCCUCAUCCCAUUUUUUUUUAAAACAGAACUGUCCCUUCCCAUGGUUCUUCAUUAGUUGACUCAGGGGAUUUCCAUAUGAUAGCAUCAUAUUCUGUAUGUUAUAAAAAAUCACUUUUAUGUAAUUUGCCAAGAUCUAUUUUUAAAAUUCAGGUAUUGAGGUCCAAGAGUUUUGGUCUCACCUCUUUUGUAAACCUGGUCCAUAGAUUACAGGGUUUGAUUAGUUAACAGAGAUUACAGUUUGCUUCUAGUCAUGUAAAAAAGUAGAAGAGGCAAAGACAGCCUCUACAGUUUGUAUUUCUAGUGGUUAAACCUCACAUUCUUGGCCUACUUGUUAAAAAUUGUGGUUUCUGAGCCCAAUCUAGUGAGACCAAUUCUGACACCUCAAAGAAUGAAGAAAACAGUUUGAGCAAUGAAAGUAAAUAAUUUGGGGCUGUAGAAAAUUUGAAGAUAAAGAUCUAAUUGUGAGGCAGACUUUUUGUGCAUCCUUGUCUCCCUGAGAAAGGAAUCCAGUUAAAGCCAUUAAUUGAGGAAUUAGUUUUGGCUAGAUUUUGUACUGUCCUUUUAGCCAUCUUACAAGGAUUCAUCCAGUGUGGUAUGUUUGGCACUUUAGGUAAGUGGUGCUGUGGGAACACUUAAUAUGUGAUUUUUUAAUGUUAUUUUUUAGCUUUGUUCAGGAUUUGCUUCCUUUUUAAAAUGACUGAGCAACAGGGUCCUUCAUGGUGAAAGAGUAAGUUGGUAAGUUAGUCUGCUGCAUGGGGUUAUGGCCACAUCACGGUCAUAGGCUGCUAUCAAUUUCUUUCUUCAUCCCUUAUAUGUCUGAAUUAUAGCUUUUUCCUUCAAAGCAGACCAUGCAGUGUUUAGACAUAGCCUUCUUUAAAGAUGGAGGAACACAGGUUUUUUUUAACCAAUUGUUUGAGUAUCUUCUAAGGUGCUAUUAUUUCUCUGUUUCUUUCUGUUGCUCCUUGAGUUCUUAUUACUGUGUGGAGACCAGCCUUGGCUAGAAAAGCAAUUUUAUCUUGAAAGUUUUAGAAAGGGUAAAAAACCUUUUAGGAUUUUUCUUUGGCUGCUGAAGUGUUUAUUUGUGGUGACAUGACCUUAAGAGUUUUGUGCAUUGAGCUCUUAAUUCUGUUCCCGUAUAUGAAUUUCAAAAAAUGCUUUGUGUUUUCCAUAUGGCCUAUUACCUCAGGCUUAUUGGGGCACAUCUUAUUUCUCUUCAGUUGUCGAUCUGGACCCUGGUGCUUCAAGAUGGAACCACUCAUGUCCCUGUUGAAAAAAAUAUUUGGAGGCCAAAUCAGGAACCUAAAUGUUCUACUGUGUCACUCAAUUAUGAUUCCACAGGAGAGUUCAAGAAGAGUGAGUGGACCAAGCCUGUCAUUUAAUUGCACAACUCAAAACUUUGCUGCCAGUAGAGGCAGCGCCAUUCCUUUGACUGGAGUUGUAGUGUUGGACUGUUGGACUGUUAAUUAUUGUAUUUUACUUGAGUUUUUGUCGGUGGGUAUGCAAAGUUGGGCCAUGUACACAGAUACUGUAACUCUUGAUAUCCUUACCACAUCAUAGUUAAUAAACU